UCAUUCCCCACCGCAUUCCUUAAACCCUCCCGUCAAAACCCUCUCUCUACAUCGCCAUCUUCUUCUUCUUCCUCUCCUUCCAUUUCUCCCCUUUCCCUAAACCACAAGCAAACAUUCUCCGACAACUCUGUUCUGCCUUCGUCUGUAUUUGCAGCUUUGCAUUCUCCCGCGAAAGUUGAGGCUCCGACAAUGUGUGGCGGCGCUAUCAUCGCUGAAUUCAUCCCCCGGAACCGACGCCGCGUCACCUCCUCCGACCUCUGGCCCGACUCCCUGUUCCUCAAGCCCUCGAACGGCCUCGACGACCCGCUCCCCCCGAAACAACACCCCUGCCUCGCCUCAGGUGGCGCGCAGGAAGAGAAGGCCCCGAAGAAGCCGCGGAAGAACCUGUACCGUGGGAUCCGGCAGCGCCCGUGGGGCAAGUGGGCGGCGGAGAUCCGCGACCCGAGGAAGGGCGUCCGGGUCUGGCUCGGGACGUUCAACACCGCCGAGGAGGCCGCGCGGGCUUACGACCGGGAGGCCCGUAAGAUCCGCGGCAAGAAGGCCAAGGUGAAUUUCCCCAACGAGGACGACGCCUUCUCCACCAUCCCGCGGGCUCACCAGACCCAGCACCACCACCCCCAGGUCCCCGACUACCCUCCUCUGUAUCAACCCAACUGGAACAACAACGGGGCACCCGCCAAAACUCUGGACUUGGCCUUCGCUUACGACCUGAACCAGACAGGGCAUUUCCCCGCGAACGGCUACGCUCCGAUCCACGCCGAGCCCGUGGCCAUGUCCAGCGAAGAGAUAUCCGGGUCGGGCUCGGAGGACACGCACGCCUCGUCGACGGCCGCGCUGCUGGGCGCCAACUACGGCGCCGCCGAAGCGAAGGUGAAGGCGGAGGGGAGGUGGGGAAGAAGAAAGAGGAGGACGAGGAGAGCGAGGUGCAGAAGCUGUCGGAGGAGCUCCUGGCGUUCGAGAACUACAUGAAGUUCUACCAGAUUCCCUACCUGGACGGCCAGUCCGCCGCCGCGCCGCCGAAUCCCGCUCAGGAUAGCGUCGUGGGCGAGCUCUGGGCCUUCGACGACGACAACGACAACGCCUCCGGCGUAACCGCCGUGGCUCCGGCCGCUCUCUGAUCGCGUCGUUUUUGGGGGCGCCUCUUAGAAUUUUUAUUCCUAUUUUGCCCUUUUAUUUUCGCAUUUCCUUUAUUUAUAUUUUAGAACCUGUGUCGAUCGGGUAGGGGGAUUUGAUGGUCGUGGUUGCUGAUCGGAACUCCUUUUUCUUUUUGUGAACAAAGUACAACCUCUUACCUUGUAAUAAAAUUGUGAUUACUCUCGUUCAGCA